AUGUGUGGUAACAACAUGUCUGUCCCCCUCCUCGCUGACGCAGUGACUGUCUCAGGGGCAGAGCGGGAGACGGCCGCGGUCAUUUUUUUGCAUGGCCUUGGAGACACGGGGCACAGCUGGGCUGAUGCGCUCUCCUCCAUCCGCCUGCCCUACGUGAAGUACAUUUGCCCCCACGCGCCCCGAAUCCCCGUGACCCUUAACAUGAAGAUGGUGAUGCCCUCCUGGUUUGACCUGAUGGGGUUGACUCCGGAUGCACCUGAGGAUGAAGCUGGAAUCAAGAAAGCUGCAGAAAACAUUAAAGCAAUUAUUGAGCAUGAGAUGAAGAACGGGAUCCCACCCAACCGCAUCAUCCUGGGGGGCUUCUCCCAGAUGGGUGCGCUGCCCACGUUCCCUGCUGUGUAUUCUCUCUCCUGAGCACUUCCUUCCUCACUGCAGGCGGCAAAUAACGGCGUGAACAAGGACAUUGCCAUCCUGCAGUGCCAUGGGGAGAUGGACCCCAUGAUCCCCGUCCGCUUCUGGGCCCUCACUGCUGAGAAGCUGAAAUCUGUCGUCACCCCCACCAAGGUCCAGUUCAAAACCUACCCCGGCGUGAUGCACAGUUCCUGUCCUCAGGAGAUGAUGGCAGUGAAGGAGUUCAUCGAGAAGCUGCUGCCCCGGAUCUAA